AUGUCCGGCACGCUGAAAUCUCUCGCACGCAGGUCCAAGUUCCACCCAAUAUCUGGCGACCUAGCGCAACUCGAUGAGAAUCGGCAUAUUGCAGAAAAUGGCGUCGCGAUUUCGGUCCUGUCUCGGGUUUCCGUUCUCGAAGCAUUCCUGAAGUGCAAACCAGACGGUGUGUCUGUCGAGACUUGGAAGAUGCAGUGGGCUUUGUUUGAGCUUCAUCCCGAACUGUCAUACAAGGGCUUUCCUGGACUCUACGAGGAUAUCUGCGAGCGCCUGGAAGAGGACCUUCAGACCGCUGCUCCAUCUUCGGUUAAGGAGCUCCUUCGAGCUACUGUGCAUCGGCUAAAAUCCGACUUCCCAGAGUACAUGAAGAUUUUCUACUUCAUCAUUGACGAGGCUCAGUUUGGCGCACUGGAAUACACCUCUUAUUUUCGCUCUCGCGCUGACCCUGAUCGUCCUCGCUCGUUCUUGACCGAGCUGGUUACCAUUCUUACGGGGCUCGGCCUAGCCACUCAUACCGUCAUCUCCGGAAUCAGCCUAUCUGAGGACCAAAUCAUAGACUCCGUGCAGUCCACGACCGCUCGCUUGGGUACCCGCCUGAAGGUGGUCUCUAUUCCAGAUGGUUUUUACGACAAGGAAGAGCAACGGAAGUAUAUACUCAAGCAUCUUGGGCCCUGGGCUGAACAGCGCAAAAUACCGGUAAAGUCCUUCAAACGGCUUGUCCAGCGGAUGCUGGACGUGUUUCCCGGCCGGUAUCGAGUGACCGCGUGCUUCAUCGACAUAGUGCUUCGAUCCGAUACCGAAUGUCCUCAUCGACUCUUCACUCUGUUUGCUCUGCGUAUAACUGAUGGCUAUGUGUGUACGGAUGGAGGUCAAAUUGAGCGCGAAGAGGCAUGCCUCGAAGACAAAGCGUUCAAGCUCGCCAACGAGAUCAGACCGAUGAUCGACUGGAAGGAGUACGACUCCUUGCCUCCUGACGUCAAGACGACGGUUAUCCACAUGGUCGCACGCUACAUCACCACCGGGACCAUGUCCACUGUCACUGACAAGGAGCUGAAGCUCGUCAAGGCUAGUAUAGGGCAUGUACGGUGCGAAGAGACCUACGACGGGAGCACUGACAAAGUCGGAAGCACUGGCUUAGGAGCCACUGGCAAAGGAACCACUCGCAAAGGAACCACUCGCAAAGGAACCACUCGUAAAGGAACCACUGGCUUGAACGGGAGCGCCGACGACGGGAGCACAGACAAGAACAGCGCUCACAAGUCCGAGUCGCGCGGCGCCGAUGGACAAAAGGCCUUCGUCGUUUCCAUCACCGAGCCGCUGGUGAUUUUUUCUUUUAUGAUCCAUUGCAAGGACGAGUUGAUCAAGGCCGUGGGCGACUCCACGCGCUGGGCGCCCGAAGCCUGUUCCCAAGGACGAUCGUACGAACUUCAGAUCUUGGCCAUCAUCGCGCUGAUGUUCGGCGGCCAAUUCCGCAGGUUGGGCGAUCUUCUUCUGUUCCGCGACAAAUACAAAUAUCUGGAGGAUCUCGAAUGUGAGCUCGUCGCCAUUUACAAGGUUGAUGGCGAGUAUGUCGCGUCCUCGGCUGGGUGGGGUUGUGGUCCUAGCUGUAGCCUGCUCGGGUUCAGCACCAACAAGGCCCCAGAUUUGAAGGAGGCCGCUGAACGUGGUGUAGGAGUCGCGUUCUAUCUCCCCGACCCGAACAACCACGUCGACGUGGACUUCUAUGCUAGACCCAAAGCAUCAAGUCAGUGA